CGCGGAGGCCGCAGGCGGGCGGGAACUGGGAGACGGUGGAGCGGCCUGAGCCCCAGGAGCCCUGCUGAGGUCCCCUGCUCUCCUGCCCCGCUGGCCGCUCCCUAGGGUCACCACGGAUGAAACGCCAAGGUCCUGUUGAUGGUGGCUAGCAGCAGGGGACGAAGGUCGGGCAUAGAGAGGCUGCUGGAUACAGAGUGGACAGUUGUAACAGGAGAGACGAGUCCCGCCACACCUUUCAGCUUCGGUCUUACGAACUUAGGCUUGGGGACAUCUUGCAGAGCAAGGUGGGAGGGUGCAAAGUCCCAGCCAAGAGAUCUACCGUGGGCGCACUGCUGGCCGCUAAGCUGGGAUGGAAAUUCUAUGAUGCCGAUGAUUACCACUCUGAAGAGAAUCGGAUGAAGAUGAGAAAGGGAGUACCUCUGAGUGACCAGGACAGGAUCCCGUGGCUCGGCAGCUUGCAUGACAUUUUACUAAGAGAUGUGGCCUCGGGACAGCAUGUUGUUCUAGCCUGUUCAGCACUGAAGAAAAUGUACAGAGACAUCUUGAUACAUGGAAGAAAUGAUGUGCCUUUGAAAAGUGAUGAGUCAGCAAAGGGAACACUGGCUGGCGAACAGCUCUUGGUGGUCUACCUCUGCGGGUCAUUUGAGAUCAUUUCCAGACGCUUGUUCCAACGAAAAGGACAUUUUAUGCCACCUCAGUUACUGCAGUCUCAGUUCAGUAUUCUGGAGCCCCCAUCAGCUCCUGAAAACUUCAUCCAGGUCAGCGUGGACCAAAGUCUCUCGGAGAUCGCUGAUGCCAUUAUGGAGGGGCUGCAAAUGAAGUGAUCACUUCACACCUGUGGUUUACAGCCACUCUGGGUCCAAGCUCCUCACCAGCGGUGUAUUCUAAAUUCCUAAUUGAGAACCAACCACAAUGCGUGGAGAUCAUUGUUUGACUGUUUUGAUAGGAGUCUGUGGUAUGCUUGGCAUCCUGCAGGUGUGGGAAAGGAUGUUCAAAGGUAAAGCUGAAACUUAAGUUUAAAUUCAUGUGUAAUGCAACCAGAUCAUCAGUGGGAACUCUGUAAUCAAUGCUAGAAGUUACUAUCAUUCAAAAGA